CAACACCAUUAUAUCCUAUAAAAUUAACUCUUUAUGCAUUCCCAUUUCAACAUUUAAAAAAAAAAAACACAACUCAAACAUUGUGCAUCGUCAAAGGAACCCUGAUAAAAACUUUCCUAAAAUCAGCUUGCACUUGAAGAAGUAACCUAGGGUUUGUAUUGGCUUGCUGUAUCAUUUGAACUUUGAAAGAAAAAUGGAAGGCUGUGUGGCAACUGAGCUGAGAUUAGGGUUGCCAGGAACUGAUAAUGUUAGAAACAAGAAGCGGCCAUUGCAGGAGGCUGAUGAAGAAUGUGGAGCAAAUGGAAAAUCUGAUGCUCAAGAUGAAACUGCCCCUCCUGCCAAAGCACAAAUAGUGGGGUGGCCACCCAUCAGGUCCUAUAGAAAGAAUAACAUUCAGGCGAAGAAGAAUGACUGUGAGGGUCCUGGGAUUUACAUUAAAGUAAGCAUGGAUGGAGCACCAUACCUAAGAAAGAUUGACCUCAAAGUUUACUCCGGGUACCCCGACCUCUUGCAGGCUCUAGAGAACAUGUUCAAGUUUACCAUAGGUAAGUACUCGGAAAGAGAAGGCUACAAAGGUUCAGAUUAUGCACCUACGUAUGAAGACAAAGAUGGAGACUGGAUGCUAGUAGGAGAUGAUCCCUGGGAAAUGUUCAUCACAUCAUGCAAGAGACUAAGAAUCAUGAAAGGUUCAGAAGCCAGGGGCUUAGGUUGUGAUGUAUGAGAAAAUUUAAAAAAAAAAAUGCACAGAGAUGAGUAAAUCUUUGAGGUUGAGUUCUCAAAAGGAUAUUUUUUGAUCUGAUUAUCAGUCUCCUCAAUAGGUAGUGUCGGUUCAUGACUGGGAAAGUUUAGAACAGAUAAUAUAGAGAGAGGUUACAUUUACGUAUUUUCUCACACUUUUGGUCUGCAAAAAAGCAGAUGAUUUAUAUUUUGAUGGUCUGAUCUAUAAUGUUGAUGUGUUUUGCUAUUAUACCAUCAAAAUUAAACUUGGAUACAAGGAAAGAGUAUGGAUAUAGUUUUGGUUCUGUAAUAUUAUUAUUAAUUUGGAAAAAAGAUUGUAUGAAA